UUCGAAGAACACUCGAGGAAAAAGACCUCGAACUGUUGUUGAAAAUUCAGACUCAGAUUUUGAGUUGGAUUCUGAAUUUCUUAAGUCGCCUGUUUCUGUUAAGGUAUUUUACUAUUUAUCUGUUGUUGUUUUUGAGGUUUUUUGUUUUUUUUGUUAAAUUCGAUUUUUGAAGUUCAUAUAUCUGGGUAUUUGUUUGUUUUUGUCUCUGUAUUUGUAAUUGUUUUAUAUAUCUUGUUUGAUUUAUUUAUGUGUUUUUGUUAAUUUUUUAUUUGUUGUUUUGUUGGUGUUGUUUUGUUUUAUUUUAGGGCAAGGGUAAAUCCCCUGUAAAGGUGUUGUCAUCAUCAGGUGUUUCUGAAGAAAUUCUUGUUAAUAGGAUUGUUGAGGUUUGUCAUGUUAUGCAUUCUGUUCUAUGUUUUUUUAUUGUGUUUUUGUUGUUGUUAUUUUCGUAGUGUUUUAUGGUAUUUUAUCAGUGUUUUUAUUGUUCUGUUUUUUAGGAUUGGGAAUGCAAGUACACCCGAUCUCAAUUCUAUCAUUCUAGAGUAGUAACAUCUGGGUAUUACUCUGUACUUGGUGACAUUAAGAGAAUUCUAACUGAAAGCCAAUUGGAAAUUUUUUCAAAAUCUGUGUUUGGUUAUUUUCUUCGAAUUCCGGAGUACAUAAUUCAUUACCAAUUGCUUCAUUGUUUGCUGUUGAGGGAGGUUCAGCAGCCUAAUGGGUUGGAGUUUUGGGUUUGUGUCCAAGGGAAAUACCUUAGGUUUAGUAUCGAAGAGUUUGCGUUGGUCACAGGGUUAGAUUGUCAUGUUGAUUCUGAUUUUUAUCAGUUUAAGCAAGAUGAUAAUGAAUUGGUCAAACAUUGUUUUAAGGGGUACAAAAAAAUUACCAAGGGUGCUAUUCAGACUGCUUUUAUUGCUGACAAUCUUAAGGAUAACGACGAUCUUGCAGUCAAGUUGGCUGUAUUGUAUUUUGUGCAGUGUUAUUUGUUAGGUGGUCCCCCGGGUAAAGUUGUUUCGUCUGAGGAAAUAGAUGUUGUCGAUAGUGGUCGAUAUAAUGAAUUUGGUUGGGGCAAGCAUUGUUUUGAUAUCACUAUGCAUUCUUUGAAGGGUAAGAUAGAUUCUGGUUAUAAGAGGGUAGUUCGUAGUGACGAGGAUGGUGGGUAUUACAGGUUAUUGGGUUUUCCUUUGGCUAUUCAAUUCUGGUUUUUCGAGUGUUGCCCGUAUGUUAUUGGGAAACUGUCGUUGUACUCAAAUGUUGGCAUUCCAAGGAUUUUGAAUUGGCCUAAAUUACCCAAGGACAAGGAGGGUAUGGUGAAAAUGGAUGUCAUGAACACCCUCAUUUUCGAUCGGUCUUUGAAAGAGUUAAAAUUAAGAAACAUCACUCCAACUUCCGUUGAGAGAUUGAGUUUGAGCCUCACUGAUUUUUUCUCUGGUGAGACUACUCCCGAGGCUGUAAAAUUCAAAAUUAAAGGUGGUUCCAAGCCUGCAGGUCAACCUGGCUUCAUGGGUGCUUCUUCAUCAUCUGCUCAUGAGAAUGUCUCCCGAGUUGAGUUUGAGGAAUUUAAAAAGUGUUUAUCUGUUGUUGUCAGCCAGCAAGGGAUACUUAUGAAAUCUGUUGUUGAGAUGAACAAGAAGCUGGACAUUCUUAUUGAGGUGUUUUUUUUAUUGUCAUUACUUUUUCUGUUAUUUUUUUAGUAGUGUUUUUAUGUUUUUUUAUAAAGUAAAUUAAUUUUUUUAAUUUUUUUUUGUUCUCAGUCAUCCCAAGGUGGUCUUACUCACAAUGGAUCUCAGUCUGAAGAUGCUCUUCGUACUUCAGAAAAUGAGGAUGAUGAAGAUUCCACUUCGGAGGAAGACGAGGAUGAUAAAUUCGACGAUGACAAAGGAGAUGAUCAUCAUGACGAUGAAACUGAUGAUGAUGAUGAUGAUCUGGGUGGAGAUGGUGUUGGUGCUGGUCAGGAUGAGGCUCACACGUGCGAUGUUCGUAACGAUGAGGGUGUUGUUGUCCCCGAGGUUGUUUCAAGGGAUGAUGAUACCGGCAAGGUGGAUGAUGCCAAGAAUUCUGACCCUGUGGAACCUCUUGCAGAGAUCAAACAGGUGUAUUUCUUGUUUGGACAUCAUUUUUUUUGUGCUUUUUUGUGUGGAUUUCUGUGUUUUGUGUUUGUUUUAAUAGUUUUUUACUGUUUUUUUUUGUUGUCAGCCUGAACAGUCUCAAGGUGGGGAGGAGAACAUUGAUGUUGAUGCAACAAUUGCAUCUGCUGUUAAAGCUGUGGAGAAUUUGGUUUGUGUUUUUGUUUUUGUUCCUUUGUAAUUUGUAUUUAUAUGGUAUUCUAUUGUUGUUUUUAUGGUGUUUUGAUUGUACUAUUUGAAAUUUAAAAAAACUCUUUUUUUUUUCCUUUUUCUUUUUUAGAUUGGUUCCUCAACUCAUGCCCCUGCUUCUGUUGAGACUUAUGAGAAGACUGAUCUUGAAAUGGUUGUUUUUCAAGAGACUCCUAUUUUACGUCCUCAAAAGAGGGAUCGGAAGAAAGGAGCUGUUUUGAAAUCCCCAUUCAUUGAGCUUGCUUCUGGUGCAUCUAAAUCAGGUUCAUCCUCAGUUUCUCCUGAUGAUUCUGUGUAUAAGGUUGUUAAAUAUGUGCGUGGUUUGUGCCCGUUGGACAACAAGAUUGGUGAACCUGUCGAUCCGCAAUUGGAAGCUGAGUUUGUCAAGUGGGUUGAUACAGGUCUUAGAAAGCAUAAAUCUAAGUAAGUAUUUUUGUAGGUGUUCACAGUUAUAUAUCUCUUAUCGUUUUCCAUUUAUUUUUUAUUUUUUUAUUUGUGUUUUGAUAUUUUUUUAUUUGUUUUUUUUAGCACAACAACUAAUGUGUAUUGUAAGGGUAAGGACACAAUAUUUCCGCCAUUUCGUUUUGGUGUUGAGGACAUCAGCAACAAGAUGUGGUUUCACAACCUUGCCUACCCUAAUUGUUUCCUUACCAAUUCUGUAAGUUUUUUUUUAUUUAUUAUUAUUAUUAUUUUACAUAUUGUUUUUUUUUUAUUUAUUUUUUAAUGUUUUUAAGUGUUGUUCUGUUAGUUUUUUAUAAGUUUGAAUGUUUUUUUACUUAUUUUUUUUUUGUUCAGCACAUUGACAUCAUUUUCUAUUAUCUUCGUAAGAAAA